GACAUCGUGGCCUACAACUGUGAGGAGUCUGCCUGCUGCUCACUGCCCUUUCCCAUCAUAGCGGACAGCAAACGGGAGCUGGCAGUCGCCCUGGGCAUGCUGGACCCAGAUGAGAGGGACAAAGAUGGCAUGCCCCUUACUGCCCGCUGUGUGUUUAUUAUUGGUCCUGACAAAAAGUUAAAGCUGUCCCUGCUUUACCCAGCCACCACAGGACGCAAUUUUGAUGAGAUCUUGAGAGUGGUGGACUCACUCCAGCUCACAGCAGGGAAGCGAGUAGCCACACCUGCCGACUGGAAGCCUGGAAACUGCGUGAUGGUUCCCCCGAGUAUGUCUGAAGAAGAGGCCGCCUCUUUGUUCCCAGCUGGCGUCUACACCAAAGACCUCCCCUCUGGCAAGAAGUACCUGCGCUACACACCCCAGCCAUAAGCACAGGCAGAAAGGAUGCUGAUAUUCAACACUUGCAUCUGUUACGUGGACUGCAUUGUCCAUUGCAUGGACAGCGCUCUCACCUGGUUGAUAGACAUCCCAGCUGUGAAUAAGUCCCAGUCAGCAUGGAUGGAAUGAAUACCAGUGUCUUAUGAUAUAGGAUUGUUCUAACUGAGACAUUUAGUACAACUUCCUCUCCUCAAGCUGCCUACUUUUCUAAGAAGACAGAUGGAAAGGAGCUGUCAUGGGGAAAUAG